AUGAAGUUGGAGAUUCGGGCUUUUAAGCAACUUAGUUGUGAGGAUUUGGUUGAUGCUUGGAAGAGAUUGAAGGAGUUGAUGAGAAAUUGUCCGGGGCAUGGUAUUCGAUUGAAUGAGCACAUUCUUAUUUUCUUCCGGGGUUUAGAUAGCCGUACUCAAAGGGAAUUGGAUUGGGCUUGUGGAGGUAACAUUAACAAUGUCACUUACAAUGAAGCCUAUAAGAUUAUGGAAGAUAUGGUUCGUACUAGUGUAAUUCAAGAAGCGGGUAGGACUAAACCAGAUCUUGUGAAAACGGGAAGGAGAAGUGUGGCUCAAGUUGAUAGUGGUAAUGAAGUGGUGGCUGAAAUUUUGGCAUUGGCAAGUCACAUGGAUAAGCAAUUCGCAAGCAUGGAUGGUAGAUUUGGGUUGAUUGAGAAAGAUUUGAAGACGGCGGUUGCGGGUUGUGAUAUUUGUGGUGAUAGGCAUUACACGGAGGAUUGUGAUAAGGCACCACGGAACGAAGAAGUUGAUUAUGUUCAAAAUCAAUAUCAACCACCGUUUGCAAACCGAGGACUAUUUCAAAGGAAUGGAGCUUAUCAAAACCGGUACCAAGGUAAUUCUAAUUCUAACUUUAAUUCUAAUGGUGCAGGAAAUUAUAGGUCCACAUUGGGAGCUUCAUGGCAAGGAAGAAAUCAAGGAGGUCCUUCGGUUCAACCGGUAGAGGUUGUUGAUCCUAAUGCCGAGCUUAGGGAUCUUAUGAAGAAGUUCAUGGUUGAUCAAGACAAGAAGAAUGAAAACUACCGAACCGACAUCACCGCUUUGAAUGAUAAGUUGAAUCAAAAUAUCAAAAGUCAACAAGCAGCGAUCAAGGAUUUAGGAGUAAGACUUGAUAGAAUGGGUAAUUCUAAUCGUCAACAAGGUUCAUUGCCAAAUAAUACCCAACAAAAUCCUAAGCCUUCCGGUUCGAAUGAUGGAGAGAUUGUAAUGGAGCCGAACCAAGCCGUGAAAUCACCGGCCGUUCCAUCUACAUCUACUACUCCGGUUGCUACACCGGUAGCUAAACCAACGAUUGAUGAGCCUCAAGUCAAGCCAUACAAGCCGAAGAUUCCUUUCCCUCAAAGAUUGAGGAAGGAGAAGCUCAAGGAGCAAUACCGGAUGCCGAAUUAUGCUAAGUUCAUCAAGGAUCUUGUAACGGAUAAGAGGAAGCUAGAGGAAGCUAAAGCUACUUUCCUCAAUGCGGAGUGUUCGGCGAUUGUGCAAAACCAAAUUCCUCCCAAGCUUGAAGAUCCAGAUAGUUUUCUCAUUACUUGUUCUCUAGAUGAUAAGCUUAAUUGUGAUGCUUUGGCCGACAUUGGUGCAAGCAUUAAUCAAGCUACUAUUGAUAACAAAUAA